AAAACAAAGACCACCCAAUUCUUUAUUGUUUUUUUCUAAACAAAGAAGUCGGAGAAUCAUGAGUUUCGCUCGUUAGGAAGAUCCGAAUCUACCAAUCCGAACAUUCCCACCCAAAAUGCGCAUCUGGCGGCUAAAUACCUGAAAAUUAAAUUCCAGCAUCUUCCCAAGGCAUCCCCCCCAUAGUCCCUCCCCAUUAUAACAAGACCGCCCUUCCAUCAAUUCCGCCAACUUCACUCGCAAGAACAACCUCAAACGACACCACCGGACACACGUUUUCUCUUGGUCCCCAAAAAUUUCUCUCCCCUCCUCUCUCUCUCUCUCUCCUUUCAUCAACCAAAGAAACCAAGAAAAGAACAAAGCAAGAGACUACCCUCCUCGCCCUCUCUCUGCCUCCGCCGGAAAACUCCCGUUUUCCGAAUUUUCCGGCGGCCAGAAGGGGACGGAGCUGGGCCGUUUCUUGCAUCCGGGUGUCCUGACAUUACACUCUUUGUGAAACGUGAUCAAGAAGUGCAAGAAAGAACAUAAAAAGAAGAAAUAGUUCUUUCUUGCAUUGUAUUCUCUCUGUCGUGCGGGUUCGGACGGGGUGAGACUAAUAGAUGGUGAUGGCCGUCGCGUCGCCGAGGAAGUCUUUCACGGAGAAGCUGUUCCAUAGCUUCGCCAGCACCAGCAACUACGGCGGCGGCGGCGGCGGCGGCCAUGUCCAUAGGAUCAGGGCCGUCCACGAGUGUCAAGACGACGACGACGAUUUCGUGGAAUGCGACGGCAGCGACGGGAUGGAGCUGGCACAGAUUGGCGCCGAGAGGACGAAGAACGUGCUGAUCCUGAUGAGCGACACGGGCGGUGGUCACCGAGCAUCGGCUGAGGCCAUCAGGGACGCGUUUCAGAUUGAAUUCGGCGACGAAUACAGGAUAUUUGUGAAGGACGUGUGGAAAGAGUACACGGGAUGGCCACUGAACAACAUGGAGAAUCAGUACAAGUUCAUGGUGAAGCAUGUACAGUUGUGGAAGGUGGCUUUUCACAGCACCUCUCCAAGGUGGAUCCACUCCUUUUAUCUCGCUGCCAUCGCUGCCUACUAUGCCAAGGAGGUGGAGGCAGGUCUAAUGGAGUACAAACCAGACAUUAUCAUCAGUGUCCACCCUUUGAUGCAGCACAUUCCUCUGUGGGUUCUAAAAUGGCAGGGCCUUCACAAGAAAGUGGUCUUCGUAACUGUCAUCACCGAUCUAAACUCAUGCCAUCCCACAUGGUUGGUUAUUAAACUCGGUCGUGGAAAAAUUCUUUGGCCUUUAGUUAUGCCCCGAAAUCAAUUUCAACUGACUAAGCUAUUGCUCUGUAAUUUUAGGUUUCACCCUGGAGUCAACAGAUGCUAUUGCCCCUCACAGGCGGUAGCCAAAAGGGCUUUAGAAGAUGGUCUAGAGGACUCGCAGAUUCGCGUUUACGGCUUGCCCAUUCGUCCAUCAUUUGCCCGCGCAGUUCUUUCCAAGGAUGACUUGAGGGAAGAACUUGGAAUGGACCCGGAGUUGCCUGCAGUUUUGCUGAUGGGAGGUGGUGAAGGGAUGGGUCCCGUGAAGAAGACCGCUCUCGCACUUGGUGAAACACUGUUUGAUGAAGUACACGGGAAACCAAUAGGGCAAUUGAUAAUCAUCUGUGGCCGAAACAGAGGUUUAGUGUCUACAUUAGAGACCGUGGAGUGGAAAAUCCCAGUUAAAGUGAGAGGAUUUGAGACCCAGAUGCAGAAAUGGAUGGGAGCUUGCGACUGCAUAAUAACAAAAGCAGGACCGGGGACAAUUGCAGAGGCAUUGAUCAGAGGACUUCCCAUCAUCCUGAAUGACUACAUUCCUGGACAGGAAAAGGGCAAUGUCCCAUAUGUAGUAGACAACGGAGCUGGUGUCUUCACCAGGAGUUCUAAAGAAACAGCUAGGAUCGUGGCCGAGUGGUUCAGCACCAAAACUGAUGAGCUGAAAAGAAUGUCGGAGAACUCACUUAAGCUGGCCCAACCCGAGGCCGUUUUCGACAUCGUGAAGGACAUCCACGAGCUUGCUUGCCAACGAGGGCCGCUUGCCAACAUCCCCUACAUAUUCACAUCUUCAUUCACAAGCCUCAUCUGAGUUGAACUGGCCAACAUGCACAAUUCACACCGGAACGCCAAGGAAAAGAAUGCCAUGUACAGCUAGGAAAUACUACAGGUAGCACCAUUGUUUCUCCUCAGGGCUUUGUGAAACGAAGGGAAUCAAGAAAAUGAAAGUUCUGCUUUUCAAGCUUAUUAGCUUGAGAAGGGUCUGGGAGGGAUUUGAUUUUUUUCUCUUCUAAUAGUAUGAAUCUAGGUUUUCAUAUGAACAUGUAGAUGGAUAUUGUCCUUGUGUCUUGAUUAUUUUGCAAUUCUCUUUUAAACCUUAAUCAAAUAGCCUAGUAAGUUUUUAUAUC